GCCCAGCCGCCAGCAGAGAGAGCACAGCCCUGCAUUGCCUAACGCACAGCCAGCCAGAGACCGGACGAGCUCGGGCCCAUCAGCUCCUGUCUGGGCAGGGAGCACCACGGCCGCCACCACCGCCACCCGAGAGAUCCGACUCUGCCAACUCCGGCCCCAGCUCUGGCUCAGGCUCCAGCUCGAACUUUGGCUAUUUUGCGGCCUAGGCCCACCCUCCGAGAUGCUGGCCCAGGUCUGCAGAGCAGAACCCCUGAGGCACCUGCUUCUGGGCCACUAGGGCCACCUCCCAGAGCCCCGCAUGGUCACCAGCCGCUCCUGAGUGCAGGGCUGCUGGGUGCCAGGCCUGUCUGCCGGCUCCUGGGGUCCAUGGAGACCUGGCGGAAAGGCUCGUUCCGAAACGCCUCCUUCUUCAAGCGGCUGACCCUGGGGCGGCCCCGGCGACUCCAGCGACAGGGAAGUGUGCUCAGCCAGGCCAGCACAGCUGGCGGGGACCACGAGGAGUACAGCAACCGGGAGGUCAUCCGGGAGCUGCGAGGGAGGCCAGAUGGCCGGCGCCUGCCGCUGUGGGGAGAUGAGCAGCCCCGGGCCACCCUGCUGGCCCCACCCAAGCCCCCACGCCUCUACUGCGAGAGCUCCAGCUGCCCCAACAUCUUGGAGCCUCCAGCUGCCUACACCACUGCCUACUCGGCCACCCUGCCCUCGGCGCUCUCCCUGGCAGGUCCUCUUCACCGAUCAUCAGAGGACCUUGUGGACACUCCCCGCUUCCAGCGACCACCAGUUCCAGACCUCAGCGACCCCUUUUUCUCCUUCAAAGUGGACCUGGGGGUUUCACUCCUUGAAGAAAUCCUACAGCUGCUGAGGGAGCAAUUCCCCAGUGAGCCCAGUUUCUGA